AUGACUGCUGCUUCUCCGGCAGCUCCGCCGCCUGUCGCAGACCCCGGCAUCAACAGCCAUGCUCCUGGCCACAAUAUGAAUCUGCCUCGCUUUCAUCCCAUAGCCAUCAAUCCCAAUGGGUCGGGCUCUACCUCGGUGCCUCCAUCAUUCCAUCGCCCCUAUGGAGCUCCCAUCUUGGACUAUCCAACCUCUCACCACGCCCCGACUGGUCCCCUGCCUCCGCCUCUUCCUCCGGCCCCCGCACCACACCAACUUCAGUAUCAACAGCAACAGCAGCAGCAGCAGCAGCAGCAGCAACAGCAACAGCAGCAACAACAACAACAUCAUCAACAUCAGUCCUCAGGCUCAUUGCCGCCUUCGCAACAACAUACCCCCCAAUCAGGACCCCCGUCUCGUCCCCCAUCUCACCCCCCUCUUCUUCCUGUGCCUGUCACAUCCCAGCUAGAUCAGAUUGAAGUCCGGCUGCGGCAAAUCGAGCAAGAAGAGGCCAGCCGUGCAGCAGCUCGUGCGCAUAUGCUUGCCAUGAGAAGACGGGAGGAUGAGGAAUUCCGAAUGGUUACGGAGCGGGCAGAGGCCGAAGAAGAGGAUCUACGACGGCGGAGAAAAAGACUUAAGAGGGAAUCAAUGGGCUUGAUAGAUGGCCAAAUCGAGUCUCCGCCGGCACCAGCAGCCAGACGUCUGUCAGAAACCAGUGCUGCCACCACGCUGGCAUUUUUCAAGCAGCAGAGUCCGCCUGAGCCACGACCACCAGAGCUGAGAGCUCCGCCUCCUCCGCCACCCUCACACCACCAUCACCACCACCAACCACCACCACCACCACCGACUAUUAUGCAGCAGCCUACUCCCUUAGUCACUGCUCCCUCGAUGAUGACCAAUGGCCAGACCUCGGGCACAUUCCGCAAGAAGCAAAAAUACACGAUCAAAAACGCAGAGGCCUGGGGUGAAAGACACGGCAGGCCAGCGACAUAUGAUGCCGCAGGCCGUGCCCUGUGGAAGCGGCCAUCUGAUGGGCAACUUGUCUAUCUCGAUUGCCCGGCACCAGACUGCGGCAAGUCGGACUUUGUCACGCUGCACGGCUUCAUGUGCCAUCUGACCAAAAAGCACAAGGAUCGCAGCAUGGGCAGUCAGUCGCGUGCCCUUGAUCUGUGCGGUAGUGUUUUUAACCCUAAUGCACCGCGGCCGCAACGUCCCAGUCUAAAAGGGGGCUCGACGGUGAACAGUCGAGCGGGAUCUGUGCAUACCGAGGUUGAAGAUGAAGAAGAUGCAUAUUCCUCUGCACCGUCCGAUAUGCACGACGCUGGCCAUAACUCAAAUAAUAAUUUUGACCCAGAAGCAGUUGUCAAGAAGGAAGAAACAGAUAGUCCCGUUGUCGCUGCUACUGUUACUGCUACUGCUGCUGCUACGACUACUACGAAUGAAUCAAACGAAUCGACGUCUACAAAUAAAGCAAGCAUCGCAUCAAUGAUUGACAGCAACGUCCCGUCCGACAACGGAUGGACGCCAAAGAAAUCCUCAACUCCUGUGGGCGACAGUGCCGUACCAUCGACAGACGUCUCGACGCAGGAAGAGGCAGCAGCAGCAGCGGUUUUAGCAGGGCAGUCAACCUUGAACGAAGUUCAAGUUUAA